UGGCAAAUAUAUACAAAUCGUGCCGCUAGUGAAGUUGCUCUGCGCUUUCCUCUUAAAAGAAUAUCUGUAUUCCAAUAAUGCGAUAAUAUACCUGUUAAAUCAUUUUACUCCUUGAUAUUAUCAGCAGCACAACAACACGGGAUGUUUAUUCUAGGAGAAUAAUUACAACGGUGACCUGGUAAACUUAAAGAACCAUGUUGCUGCUUUACAUUUGUAAAGUAUUGCUGCUCUUUAUACUAACAAUUAGUGGUUCAUUAUCUAUCGAAUGUUUCAACUGUUCUAACGUGAGCGAAUGUAACACCAUUGUCACAUGCAACGAUGGACAGGUAUGCUACAAAAGUCAUGGAUAUACCGGUCAGAUUAUGUACGAUUUUGGAUGCGCUGACAAACCUAAAUGUGCGGAAAGCAGCUCACAGCCAAAAAAUACAUCGGAGCCAUUUCAAGCAGAUUCCUGUUUUGAAUGCUGUUCUCAAAACAAUUGUAACAAACAUUUGUGUGAAAAACUUUCAGUUUGCAAAGACGAGUCUGUAGAGUGUGCUCUUCUUCACUCAAAAAUCAGCAUUUGUGCAGAUGCAAACGAGGCUAAAACAAUUUGUCGGAAAUACUGUAAUCUCUGUCACAUAGUUGACGGAAAAUGGUCUAAAUGGUCGGAGUGGGCAAAAUGUGACGUCACCUGUGGGAAUGGUUCACUCAUACGUCAUCGUGAAUGUGACAGUCCAGCACCUAAACAUGGUGGUCUUGAAUGCCCAGGAGAUGCUAUUGAUAAGAAACAAUGCUUUGCGCAUUUAUGUCCUGCACAUGGUGGCUGGAGUCAAUGGGAUGUUUGGGGGGAAUGUUCGGUAACAUGCAGUGUAGGAAUGCGGAGUCGAAAUCGUUCUUGUAACAAUCCACGUCCACAUCGAUUUGGGGAUCACUGUUUUGGUAACAGUAUUGAAGAUGAACUGUGCAAUAAAGGAUCUUGUGCAGCAAAUGGCGGCUGGAGUAAAUGGGAGGGCUGGGGAGAAUGUUCGGCAACAUGUAGUGUAGGAAUGCGGAGUCGAAAACGUUCUUGUAACAAUCCACGUCCACAUCGAUUUGGGGAUCACUGUUUUGGAAACAGUAUUGAAGAUGAAUUGUGCGAUGGAGGAUCUUGUGCAGUUGAUGGUGGCUGGACCGAGUGGAAUCCAUGGGGACAAUGCCCUGUUUCAUGUGGGGUAGGACUUCAAAGCCGUACACGAUCUUGUACAAAUCCAUCUCCAGCAAAUGCUGGCAAGCAAUGCGUUGGACAAAACUUCGACGUUAAACUGUGUUAUCGUGGGUUUUGUGAAGACGAGGAUUGUUAUGCCAUUAAAAAGCGGAGGGGAAAACUUCCAAGUGGAAUUUACGAUGUACGACUCUGGAACACAAGCCGUGUUAUACCUGUGUACUGUGACUUUGAUACAGAUACGGGAGGAUGGACGGUGUUUCAAUAUCGAUUCAACGGCAGCGUUGAUUUCUACAGAAACUUUAGUGAUUAUGAAAGAGGAUUUGGUUCUUUAGACGGCGAAUUUUGGUUAGGCCUGGAAAAUAUCUACGAAAUGGUAUCCCGAGGAAAAACAGAGUUGAGGCUGGAUCUGACGGCAGCUGACGGAAAAGCCGUAUACGAAACAUUUCAGAAUUUUAGACUCGGUGAAAUACCGUAUUAUACUCUUCAUAUCGACAAGGGUGUGGGAACUGCAGGCGAUUUAUUAUCAUUAAACAAUGGUAGACAUUUUUCAACUUUCGACAUGGAUCGUGAUGACGUCAGUAGAAAUUGCGGUUUAAAAUUGCAUGGUGGAUGGUGGUAUAGUACUUGUGGUUACGUAAAUCUAAACGGUGAAUAUGUUACUCCUGGUACACAACGACCUGACAAUUCGUACGGUGGGAUGAUAUACCACUCAUUUAAAGGCACGAAAUCACUCAAGGUCUCCAAAAUGAUGUUCCGGCGG